AUGUACAAACUGUUGGGGAGAACACUGGCGUACCCAAUGCAGCGACAAAAAGCGUUGUCGCAUUUUCAUGAACCAGGAUCAGAGAAGUGUGAGGCUUUUGUCGAAAACCAGAAGAACGUCAUAUCCUUUGCCGGUGCCGAUAACCCAUUAUCGAAUUUCUUUCCGUGUACCAUACAUGUUUUUGGAAUCCAUCAUCGCUCCGCAGAACACGCUUUUCAAUAUGUUAAAGCCAUUCGCUGCGGAGAUCUCUCAAAGGCUACAGCUAUACAUGCAGCAGAAACGGCUCUAGACGCAAAAAUGAUUAGUAAAACAAUCCAGAUUAAUGAUGAAUUCAUUGAUAAACAGGAAAAACUAAUGGAAGAAAUUGUGAAUGCAAAGUAUGAUCUGGUUGAAGCUUUCCGGGAAAUUCUGGACAAACAAGAACAAUCAACACUCUUUGCUGAGAGUGUUUAUGACGAUUUCUGGGGAACAGGUCUAAACAAAGCCGGAACAGAACAUACCGAUCACAGAAAAUGGCCUGGACAGAAUGUGCUGGGGCAGAUCUUUCGUAAGAUCGUCAGUACGCGAAGGCCGGCGCCACCACGGAGAUCUGAGUCUGUUCCUAGGAAUCUACAGGCAGCCUCACAGCGUCAUAUCUCAGACAUGUUAAGUUCGAUUCGGAAAUCCAACAAAAGAGCUGAUAAGCAAGCGUCUACUAUGCAAGACCACUCUCGGUCUCCGCUUAAAUCUAUGCGGACCAACAGGCGCAAAAAUGCGGGCUACAAAACACCGAUGUUAACUCUCUCGGAGAAAAACCACUGGGUACGGACUAUGAUAGUGGUUAGUGCGCGCUCUUAA